AUGGCACUUCUCGGUGGAAAUAAACGAUAUGAGUCUCCUGUAGAAGAUCCCGAACCUGAUGUUGCAAAAAAUGGAUCAUUCAAGUCACUGUAUGAAGAUCGUCAAUACGCGCUCACUUUUUUGCACCGAGGCUACACAGAAAAGCCUUGUGUCGUGGAGUUCGUGCUGACUAAGUCACAGAGGAUAAUUUCACAGCCGUCCCUAGGAAGUUGA